CAGGAAGUAUUUUAUUAGCAGAUUAGCUGUCAUUGGCUGCAUUAAAUGUGUUGGUGAGCCUCGGGACCAUGCGAGCAUAAAAAGCUACUUGAGGUUCUAUAAAUCGUUAACAGUUUCGCCACCUGAUCCGGGUUCAUUCAGAGCGCUUUGUUUCUAAAACAGAGAAGGCAACAUGUCUUCGUUUGCGUAGGUUUUUCUUAGAGAGCGCUCUUUCCGCUCCAAACUGCUUUAGCGCCGUUGGCCAGCGCUCCGCCUGUUGCCUGGAUACAGGUGAGGGAUUGUAAACAAACAGCAGACGGCAGCGAAACUAAUUAAAGGUCGAGCUGAUUAAAUGGCGGCAUCAUUAGCAGACAGCAGAUUCAGGUAAUCCUCAUGAGCUCAAAAACUCUCUCUGCUGCGAUAGAGAAAAAUAUUAGACGUCUCGGUCUGACUGACUUCCCCUGCGGAAAUGGUCCCUGGAGGCGGGCCAAAAAUGGUCCAGAUGAAGCGGAAACAGAGUCACCAGAUGUCCUGCUGGACCUGCUGAGGUACCCUCGCUCUCCAUGGAUGUACAGUGAGACCUGGAGCCCUCAAGCUUCAGAGCUGAGAGAGCUGGCUGUGAAAGAACCGAAGCGCCUCAGCAAGAAUUUCAUACUGAACUACUUUACAACAAUACGGAUCACUGGCAAAAAUGUCUCAUCUAUUGACAAAGGCUUGUUGAAGUUCUCAAAGCUGGAGGAACUUGUCCUGAGCGGCAACUUGAUCUCAGAAAUUCCUGCGAAGCAUCUUCCCAGCACGUUGAAGAUUUUGGAGCUGCGUGCAAAUCGAUUGUCUUCGCUGAGCGACCUCGCAAGCUGUCCGCCUCCUCAGCUGCAGUACCUGGGCCUCGGAUCAAACAGCCUGGGUUCCCAUCAAGACAUCUGCGAUCUUACAGGAAGACAUUGGCCCCAUCUGGCGUGUUUGGACCUCAGCAACUGUAACUUCCAAGAGCAGCAAUUUCUGGUAGCCACCUUAGAAACUCUCCCAUGCCUCAAGACCCUGACGCUUAAGGGCAACCCCUUCACAAUGACGCCAUCGUAUCCAGGUUUCACUGUCGACAGCCUGCCGCAGAUCAGCUGCUUGGACUCCUCAUGGCUCACCACAGAGGAAAGGUAUAAUUUCUUCGGCUUGGCCAGGAUGAAUGAUCUGGUGGAGGACGUGGCAUCAGUCACACUGAGUCUGACCAGGCUGAGGGGAAUACCAGACCCACUGAUGCAUGUGGAUAAAAAGGCUGUUGAGUUUCCAAUUGUCACCUACAAAUACUUCAUCUCAUACCAGUUCUUUAGUCAUCCUACGCCUGGUUAUCAGGGAGAAGACGGUGAAUUUAAACUGGACACGUCGUCUCGUGUAGCAGAGGACAAGUCUGUCUGUCCAGACCCAGGAUCAGAUAGAAACACUGGGGAAAACGUGUCCAUCCCGGACACUGCCGUCCCCGCAGUCAAUGCUGAUGGAUCUGAACAACUGUCGCUAUACGCAACACCAAAACUGUCCUGGUCCGAGUGUGUGAACUUGAAUUAUACACUGACAUACAGCAUCAGCUGCCUGGGAGGCCUGAAGAAAUUCUUUACUCAUGGACUUCGUCUCAACCUAAUGGAGGAAAAGACUCUAUCGUGGCCUGCGCCCUCUGAAGAAGCCCAGCAGGUCAAACCCAGCCCAGCUAAAGGGAAGAAAGACAAGAAAGAAGAGAAAGUUAAAACGCCUCCCAAACCUAAAAACAAAAAGAAAAAAGGUCCUCCAGAACUGGUCCACGAUCCACCUAUCAGAAAACUACUCAACUCAGUUCACGUCCCCAUGCAAAGCCUGGUCGAUGGGGGUCAAAGGGUCAAUACUGUCUGCGACUUUGGUCCGCUGCAGGUAGAGCCUCCACCGAAACAGGAGGAGGAAACUGACAAGAAAACGAAAGGAAACAAGAAAAAGGACAAGGAAGCAAAGCAGAAACAAAAUAAAAACGCCGAACCUCAGAAAAAUCCAAAAGGGAAGGGGAAAGACGCAAAGAAACGUGACACGGAUGAACACACAAUCCAGCCCGUCCCGGUCCCACCGGUACCGGUGACUGUGGAGCUGAGCGUGGAGCUGGAGAAAUGGAAGACGGCGUCUGACGCUUUUCGUGUCGUAACGCAUGUAGAAAACAGCUAAAUCACAGAGCUGAGGUUGACAUGAAAGUAUUCAUGAAAAAAAUAUGAAUGUGUUCUUCAAGCCAUGAGAACUUUAUUUCAGUGGCAUGAAAUUAAAUGCACUGCUGACCAAUUUA